AAAUAUUUGUUUUGACUAACAAAUAAAUAACUUUCAUGCACUGGUGAAAGUUGUUAAUUAAAACUUUUAACAAAUAUAUCGAUUAACACAUCAACCAUGAAAUACACGGAAUACACAAUUGUUUUGUUUGUUGUUGUCAUCACUUUUUGGAUCAGUUCUGCAAACGCUGCCAUCGAUUGCAGGCGGUUUGUAUUUGCGCCCCAAUGCAGAGGUGUCAGUGCUAAGAGAUCUCAACAUUUGCCAUCAAAGCGCCAAAAUUAUGAGACAUAUAUGAGUGAAAUGAGUGAUGACUUAUCAAUGAAAAGACCAACUCUUGGAUCACAAUAUAACAGACAAUUAGAGUCACUGUUUGAUACAAAUAGACUUAGAAAACGAUUCACAAGUCUAUUGAGAGGACAACCGCAUGAAAACUCGAUUCACUAUAAUUUAUUAUUAAAUUCAUUGGACAAAUAUAUGAAAUUUCAUGAUUUAGAAGAAUAAAUUCAUAUUUAGUAA